ACACACACUCAAAUCCCAUAUCGAUCAUAAAUCGACAAACCCUCAAAUUUUACACACACACACACAAAAAAAAAAAACUAUAUAGCACAAUCCAUCAAGCAUGUGUGCUUUGUUUCCAGUAUGUGAAUGGCCCUUAGAUGCUCCUAUCGGCCACCAACAUAUCAUCAGUGGUGCCCUUGCAGGCUUUGAAAGCUUUGAUGAUUUCCAUCAUUUUACAUUCCAUGAUGAUAUGCCUCGAAUCCAGCUCGAUCGACCGAUGUUGUCUGCCGGAGAUACCGGUGAUGAAAACCCAACCACCGUUGACAAGAAGCUUAACCACAAUGCGAGUGAGCGUGUACGGAGACGAAAGAUGAAUGACUUGUACUCGUCACUUCGUUCAAUGCUCCCACCAUCUGAACAAACGAAAAGGUUGAGUAUUCCGGCCACAGUUUCAAGAAUGUUGAAAUACAUACCAGAGUUACAAUCACAAGUGGAGAUACUGCUACAAAAGAAACAACAAAUUCUCUCAACCAUUUGCAAGCAAGAUGAUCAUGACCUUAUUAAUCAACAUCAUCAAAACAAAACAAAAUUAUUGGACGGGUUUAAAGUGUCGCCAUUCACGGUUUCCGGUACUAAGGUUAGCGAUACAGAAGCGACGAUUCAGAUCUCAACGUUCGGGCCGACGUCUCAAGGGAUUCCGCCGUUGUCACCUAUAUUGUAUGGAUUAGAAGAAGAUGGUCUUUUUUUAACGGAUGCUUCUUGCUUUGAAUCUUUUGGUGGAAGAGUGUUCUAUAACUUGAAUUUUCAGGUGGAAACAACGUAUAAUUUGGAAGCAAUGCUUUUGCUUUUGAAUGAGAAGCUUUUGUCCUUAUAUAAGAAAAGGAAAGCUUGAUUGCAAUUUUUUUUUUGUUAUUUUAUAAUUUCAGAAUAGUCCCUAGCUAGAUAGUUUCUUCUUCUUCUUCUUUUUUAAUAUAUGAACAUGUAUAAAAAUUUCUAGAAGCAUAGUUUAUUAUUGAAUUAAAUUCGGGGUAAACUAUUAAAAUAGUGGCUUUUGUUAUUCUCAGGUUACAUUUUAGUCACUUACGUUAUCGUGUUGUAAUAUUUUAGUUACUGAGCGUUAAUUGUCGUUAACGAUGUAAUAGUAGUAAGCUGAUAUGGCACGUUAAAUAAUCACUUUGAACAAAAAAUUUAAGUUGAGCAUUACUUAAAUA